AUGACCAAACCAGAGCCAUUGAGUUUCGAUUCCGCCCUUGCCCAUCUCUGCUCGGAUGAGUGGGCACCAAGUGGCACCCACGUCGCGACUCGCCACAGCGAUGAAGUACUUCGAGCACUUCUCCCCGCCUCGCGCACCGAUGCAGGACGCGCUACACUAGGCGCUGCACCUCGCGCCAUUGAGCACCUAGUGUGCAUCUUCAAGGACCCGCUGAUAUUCCACGAGCAGAACGGCGAGCUUGCUAUCAGAGUUUUGCGCAACGUAUGCGCCCGGUCCGUCGCUAAUCAAGGACGCACGGCGCAGUACGGAGCGCAUGACCUGGUCCUAGAUUGCAUCGCCAAGCGUUUCGACUUCUGCGACAACGAGGCAGCUGCUGGGGAUCAUACCGCGCUGCGCAGAGUGGAAGACGAUGGCCUUGAGGAUCAUGGUCGCAUGCGCCUGCCGUUUUUUGGCUUCGCCGUCGAGUUUCUGGUCAACUUCGUUACGUGCAACGUGGACAACGCCGAGCUGGUGUGGAGGAAGGCCUUCCCAGGCAUAUUGGGCAAGCUCCUGGAAUGUGAUAACCACGCUGCGGCAUCUGCAGCGGCCGCGUUAGUACACAACUGCAUUGCCAUCGUCCCGGACCGUAUGAAAGACAUUGUCAAAAUUUGGUCAAAUCCAGGUGACGGAAAUCAAUCGCUUACCCGCUCUCUCGUUGCCCAGAUGAAAAACUCAGAAGAAAAUGGCAAGCAGCAUGAAAAGUUUAUGUGGUCUUUCAUGAUUAUUCGUCGUUUAAUCGGUGCCUCAUUUUUGGAGAAUUCCUUUGAAGCCCUGGGCCCCUCACUCGACAGAAUCGCUUCAUCGUCAACUGGAUUUUCGGAGCAUCAGGAAACAUUCCUGCAAAUAUUAGAGGCUGCGGCAAGUAAGUCAGCAGAAGUUCCGAAUGAGACGGAGGAUGACACCGCCGAACUUGUUAUCCCCGAAAACAGCCUUGCUUUCUUCGCAGAGUUGUUCGAGGCCGCCAUGUUAAAAUCGCAUGCUGAAAUUCUCAGAACGACUGGAAGCAUCAUUGGAUCCGUCAUCAUAGUUUCCGAGGACUCUGCAAAACUUGAUGUGUUGAGAAUGCGCUCUGUCAAAGUUGCGAUCAGUGUAUUGCACGCAAUAUCAGGUGGCGAAGGCAAUGUCGGAACUUCUGCGACCAGUCUGGGUGGCGAGGAGUUGGCUAGAAUAGACAACGCUGUGGUGUUGAGCGGUUUGAGGGGAAUUAUGGUUCGUACUAUUGCCAUAUGCUGCGAUAUGUCGAAAGCGGCACAGGAUUCGGUACGCAAGUUGCAAGGGAUCCCCCCAGUGUUGAGUGCCCUUUCCUACGAAAAAGAUUCGUCCAAAAAUCCGUUCCUGCGAGAAUGGGCAAUUCUUGCAGUACGAAAUUUGACCCUCGGGAACAAAGAAAAUGCUCAAGAGAUCUCAGGUUAUGAACUGGCUGGUGUACAAAAUGAUUCAGAACUUCUCCACAAAACUGGUCUUGAGGCGUACAUGGACGAGAAAACGGGAAGGCCAAAACUGCGAGUAAAACGCACUCCCGCAUAG